AUGGACGCAGACCUCGAGGCUAUCCGUGCGAAACGCAUGGCAGAGCUCCAGGCAGCAGGCGGUGGGGCCUCCCCCUCUUCGACGGGAGGAGCCGGACCUUCGGCAGGUGCUGGUGGCGGCGAGGAAGCCGCCCAGAGGGUCGCGAUGGAGGACGAGAUGCGGCGGACCAUGAUGAGCCAGAUCCUGAGCCCCGAAGCGAGGGAACGUCUCUCGCGGAUAGCGCUGGUCAAGCCGGAGCGCGCAAAGUCGAUCGAGCAGCUCUUGAUGCGGAUGGCUCAGAGCGGCCAGAUUCGCGGCAAGGUCAGCGAGGACCAGCUCAUCGACGUACUUGACCAGGUCGAGGCGAUGGAGCGGGGACAGAGCGGUGCGGGCGGCCAGAAGUCGGGCAGCAAGAUUACGUUCACGCGGAAGUCCGCCUUCGACGACGAUGACGACGACUGGUAG